AUGAAUUGGGGAAACGAGAGCGCCCCCCAGGAGUUCGUUCUGUUGGGUUUCUCAGAUCGGCCGUGGCUGGAGUUCCCGCUCUUUGUGGUCUUCCUGGACUCCUACAUCUUGACCAUCUUUGGCAACGUGGCCAUCAUUCUGGUCUCCCGCCUGGACUCCAAACUCCACACCCCCAUGUACUUCUUCCUCACCAACCUGUCACUCCUGGACCUCUGCUACACCACAAGCACAGUCCCGCAGAUGCUGGUAAAUUUACGCAGCACCAGGAAGACAAUUAGUUACGGCGGCUGCGUGGCCCAGCUUUUCAUGUUUUUGGCCUUGGGAGCCACUGAGUGUGUUCUCCUGGCGGUCAUGUCCUUCGACAGGUUUGUGGCCAUUUGCCGGCCUCUCCACUACUCAGUCGUCAUGCACCAGAGGCUCUGCCUGCAGCUGGCAGCCGCAUCCUGGACCGUUGGCUUCAUCAAUGCGGUGUGGUUGUCUGCCCUGACUCUCUCGCUGCCACUCUGCGGCCCCUAUGUGAUAGAUCACUUUCUCUGUGAAGUCCCCGCACUGCUCAGGUUGUCCUGUGUUGACACAACCACAAAUGAGGCGGAGCUGUUCCUGGUCAGUGUGUUCUUCCAUCUGCUACCCCUGACGCUCAUCCUUACAUCAUAUGCCUUUAUUGCCCAAGCCAUCCUGAGAAUCCAAUCUGCUGAAGGUCGACAAAGAGCAUUUGGGACCUGUGGCUCCCAUCUCAUUGUGGUGUCACUGUUUUAUGGCACAGCCAUCUCCAUGUACCUACAGCCGCCUUCACCCAACUCCAAGGACCGGGGAAAGAUGGUUUCCCUCUUUUACGGAAUCAUUGCGCCCAUGCUGAACCCCCUGAUAUAUACACUUAGGAACAAAGAGGUAAAGGAAGCCUUACGAAGGCUGGCUACUAGAGUCUUCAUCACAAAAUAA